CUGUGAUUCUGUGAUUCUGUGAACCUCUCUCCUUUUAGGCUAUAAAUGAGAUGGCUUUGGGCUGCCCCAAUGUCGUGGUCCUGCCUCUAGAUACCACAGACCCCAACAGCAUAAAGGCCGCAGUCAAGGUGGUGGAGGAGCAUGUGCAAGGUGCUGGCCUCAAUCUCCUGAUUAACAACGCCAGCACCACGCGGCAAAGCACCCUGGAGACCGAGACCGUGGAGAACAUGAUGCUCACGUACACGACCAACACCAUCGGGCCUCUGCAGAUCAACCAGGGCUUCCUGCCCCUGCUGAAGGAGGCUGCCCAGGCUAACAGCCGGAGCGGCAUGAGCUGCAGCAAAGCCGCCAUCGUGAACAUCUCCAGCAUCCUGGGCUCCAUCGAAGCGGGUGAAGCCUGGGAGCAGAGACAAGACGUCUGCUACCGUUGCAGCAAGGCCGCUCUGAACAUGCUCACCAAGUGCCUGUCCCUGGAGUAUGGCAGCAGCGGGAUCCUCUGCGUGUCCAUGGACCCCGGCAGCGUGAUGCCCCCCGUGGCAUGGGAGAAGGGCCCCGUGACCAUGGAGGAGAGCACGCAGGGCAUCUUGAAUGUGCUCGCCACGCUGUCAGCCGCCAGCAACGGGACCUUCUUGGACUGGAAAGGGCAGAGCCUUCCCUGGUGA